AUGAACUUGAAGCUUUAUUUUCUAUUAAAUCAUAAAGAAUAGAAAUGUACCAGCACUUUUCUGUGGAAGCUAAAAUUGAUAAAUUUGUUUAUUAAAGUCCUCCCGAAAUAUUUAUUACAUGUUUUCUAAAAAUAACAUUUUCUUAUUUAGAAAAGAUUAUCAGAUUAAGAUAUUUUCUUGAUAUCUUUUCAAGUAUUUCAGAAAGAGAAUUUGUCUAAGAAUAAAGUCCUUCUAUAAGUUUCAUAUGUUAAAAUUUAGAUUAAAAUGAUGCUUUACUUUUUUAAGGCGGGUUUUAAUUUAUCUAAAAGUUGGUCCUCUGAUUACUUCAAUUGCUAGUUAUUCCAUGAGUAAUAUAUUAAUCCUUUGCUUCUAAUUAUUCAAAAUUAUAAAAAACUUGAAGGACAACCUCAAGACAGAUUUAAUACUUUGAUUUUAUCCUCUAAAGCAAUUAACUAUUCCAUAAUUUAUUGUUAUAAUUAAUCCUUUGUUUAAUAAAGAUAAUUUAUUUUAUCGAAAUGUCAUACAGGAAAAGCCUGA